AUGCAGUUUGCAGAUAUCGAGAUGCUUGACAUCCCCGACGAUCUGUCGGUGACUCUGAUGUCACAGACGGAGUCAAUGUCGGAUUCCCCCCAGGAUAAGGUGGAGAAGUCCAAGGAGUAUCCGACCGUUCAAGAAUGGCUCCAUGGUGGACCAGACUUGAAGUUUCAAUUUGACGAGAAUGAGUACAAACGCAGUGCACGCCACAAGGACGACUUCUCCCAUGCACAGACAGUUUACAUCACCCAACUAUAUAAGAUCGUGGAGGACCUCUCCAACAACAAUGUUACCCAGGUGGACUUGGACGAGUUGGACGAGCCUGUGGGUGUGAUCACUCUGGCCAAGGAUAUUGGCAACAAUUGUGAUCGCGAGUACAAGAUUGCCAAAAUCAACGAGGCGUUUGGCAAGAUCUUGGAUGCUUUCAAUGUGUUCUACGAUACCGUGAAAGAAAUCGUGGACGACGAGGAUGCCGCUGCCUACGAGGACCUCCUGUCACUUUUGGACUGUAUUCAAGCCAAUACAUUUGCUAUAACUGAGAAGCAGAAGCCUGAGCUAAUAAUUCGCUGGAUCAAUCGUUAUGACCCUAAGCCAGAUAACCUGUUUAUCGAUGCCGUCAUGUACGACACGCCCCAGCCGUACUUGCAUCCACUGUUCUGGAACUUGUACCUUGGAGAUUUGCUCACGCGUGGAAUGUUUCCACAGGCGGUUUUAUCACUUCAGAACUCCAAGUACGACGAGCUCAAGGACACUUGUCCAGAGUUGCAUACUAUCAUCUCAGACCUCAUCACGGUGCUCGACGCAUACACGUCGAUGGCAUUGAAGGGCCAAUUUGCCGAAUGGAAGUACACUGUUUGUGGGUACAGAGACAAUUUUAAGAAACAAAAGGCACUUAUUACAGAUGCUCGUCACAUAGCCAUAGCUUCGCAGAUUCACGACUUGCUCUGCGUCAUCAGUGGCCUCCCCAAGACCAUUUCUGGCUUUGUCACCUCGUGGUAUGAAAUGUAUGGCGCAUUAGCGUUGUACCAGGUGAGAGAUGACGACUCUGUCUAUGACGAGUACUUCAAACUUGCGAUUGCUGAGAAGGGCUCCAACUCUGCCAUCAAGUUGGAGCAGGACUUCUGUGACCUAUUGACUCAGAAAUACUUGAGGGUGAUACUCGCCAUUGACAGCUACGAUACGCCCACUGCAGCCUACGUCAGCAAGUUGUUUGAGUUGAAAGGUCUUUUAACCAACUACUACGACGAUUUGGCAACAAAGUCGUUGAAGGAGUCGGGAACUUUGUUCCACCGUCUGAUUUCAGACUAUCUCUUGACACGCCAUGCUUAUGAGUGCUUCGAGGUGCACCUGCUCGUUCCGGUAGGUGUCGGAUUGCUCUUAAAUCCUGUGGUCACGCCUUCUUCAGAUUCACUGACCAGAAAUCGCCAGGUGAUUAGUGAAUUCUUACCCCACUAUGAAUGCUUCACUAAUGACGAUAUGGAGUGGGCCAUGACGGUCUGCGCCAAGCUCAAUCUCACAGACACAAUCAAAAAGCUCUACUUGAAACAAGGUGAGAAGUCCUUGAAGGAGGGUCACAUCUUCGAAGCUUUGAAUAUGCUUGUUAACUGCUACGAAGAUGUAAGUAGUUCCGAUGGAACGUCGGCUGCUAUGACCAAGAUCCACUACAUUGCAUGGGAAUUGCUUUUCCAAGACUGUUUACUCAAUAGUACACCAGUUCCAGAUGAGUUGAUCCAGAAUAUCGUCACCAAUAAUAUUGACUCCACAUUUGAAGUUCAUCCGGUGAUCAGACAGUGCUUAUCACCUUACGCUGUUCUUGUUGAAUAUUUCAGCCACUUGGGUGAGGCAAAGUUUUUCUCCAAGAACAUUUCUCGUUUGUUUCACCUUAUUCGCUUCAAGUACAUGCCUCAGAAGUUCGUGCCACUCUUGCUUGCCCAACUUCUUCCGUUUUUUGCCGAGGACCAAUUCGAGUUGCCUCAAUUGAUCGUCAUUAUUGAGUUGAUCGACUCUGUGGAGCUUCAGGCUAAGGGCCACGAGGAAGAAUUGGAGGAGUUGUAUCAGUAUGCUAUAGAGAACGUCCCAGAGAACGUUCCUCAAGAUUGGAGAAAUGCAUUGAAGGAACAGGGCAAGGAGAUCCCAGGUACAGUGACGCAGCUUCUUAAACAGAUUCGGAAGCACAUCGUGGUAAAGAUUGGGCAGGUCUACAUUAAGUAG